AUGGACAUGAAGAGGAGGAUCCACCUGGAGCUGAGGACCCGGACCCCGGCAGCUGAUCUAGAACUUGUCCUGGACAAUUGCACAUCAAAUGAUGGGAAAAUUGAGGGCCUAACAGCUGAAUUUGUGAACUUCAAGUUCCUCAGUUUAAUAAAUGUAGGCUUGAUUUCAGUUUCAGAUCUUCCCAAACUACCUAAAUUGAAAAAGCUUGAGCUCAGUGACAAUAGAAUCUGUGGAGAUAUCAGCACCCUGGAACCUUUGAGAAAGGUGGAAUGUCUGAGGAGCCUGGACCUGUUUACCUGUGAGGUCACUAACCUCAACGACUACCGAGAGAGUGUCUUCAGGCUCCUGCCCCAGCUGACCUAUCUGGACGGCUAUGACCGAGAGGAUCGUGAAGCCCCAGAUUCAGAUGCCGAGGUGGAUGGUGUGGAUGAAGACGAGGAUGAUGAGGAAGGAGAAGAUGAGGAUAAGGAGGAGGAUGAAGACGGCGAGGAAGAAGAGUUUGAUGAUGAAGAGGAUGACGAUGAAGAUGAAGAUGUAGAAGGGGAGGAGGAUGAAGAUGAAGUCAGUGGGGAGGAAGAAGAAUUUGGACAAGAUGGAGAAGUUGAUGAAGAUGAUGAGGAUGAGGAUGAAGACGAAGAUGAAGAUGAAGAAGAGGAAGAAAGCGGGAAAGGUGAAAAGAGGAAGAGAGAAACAGGUGAUGAAGGAGAAGAUGAUUAA